GUAGUAUAUUCAUCCUCACAAAAACUAUGAUGUAACUUCAGAAGACCUUACAGUUUCUAAACUGGUGUUUUUUAUUCCCAGUUUUCAAAACGUAUAUUAUAGCUUCUAAAAUCACGCCUGCUGAUCUGAGAAAGGAUAUUCCCUGGACUUACAGUAAAAGAUAUGAAAACUUUUAUUUAAACACUGAUCCAAGAUCAGUACUGAGCGUUGUUGGCCUGUGUGAUGCUACGUUAAUUGGUAGUCACUGGGCGCACGCCUUCCUGUGUGAUUGAAUCGCUGCGCAGAUGACGCACUGAGGUUCAGUGUGCGAAGAUGGCUCCCUUUCCCGACGAGGUGGAUGUUUUUACUGGCCCACACUGGCGAAUGAAACAGUUAGUGGGCCUAUAUUGCGAGAAGCUGUCUAAAACCAACUUCUCCAACAACAAUGAUUUCCGCUCAUUUCUUCAGUCACUGUGCGCCACCUUCAAGGAGUUUAAGAUGCAUGAACAAAUUGAGAAUGAGUACAUUAUUGGUCUGUUGCAACAACGCUGCUGCACUGUGUACAAUGUGCACUCUGACAACAAGCUCUCGGAGAUGCUGUCCCUCUUUGAAAAGGGGCUGCACAACGUUAAGAGUGAAUAUGAGCAGCUUAACUAUGCCCAGCAGCUGAAGGAGAGACUGGAAGCUUUCACACAGGACUUUUUGCCCCACAUGAAAGAAGAGGAAGAGGUGUUUCAGCCUAUGCUUAUGCAGUACUUCACCUACGAGGAGCUCAAGGACAUCAAGAAACAGGUGAUAGCACAACACUGCAGCCAACAGCAAUGGGACUGCGCCGCAGAAGUGCUGAAAGGAUUCCGGUUGUGGAGCCAGGCAGAGGAGCUGCAAAAAGCCUUUAAAUAUGCUGAUCAUGAGAAGACAGAUUAUGAACUGGAACAGAAUGGGAACUCUUCAACUCACAUCUCCCAGCUUCCUACAGAAAUCAUGCUGAGGCUCUUCCACUAUUUGAGCCCUGAAGAUCUGUGUCGCUGUAGUCAAGUGUGCACCUCUUGGUCAGAGCUGGCUAAGACCGGCUCUCUUUGGAGGCACCUAUACCCUGUGCACUGGGCCAGAGGUGAUUAUUAUAAUGGCCCACUUGGGGAUCUGAACCAAGAGCCGGAUGAGGAUUGGGUGAAGAGUCGGCAGAAUGAGGGCCGGGCCUACCAGGAAUGGGAUGAGGAUGCUGAUGUUGAUGAGUCUGAUGUGUCGGGCCACACAGAGGGCUCUCUGGCAAUUAACACUGCUCAACGGGAGAAGAGGCUGCUGAAUGGGAUCAUCCAGAACCUUCUGCCAGCUGUGGGUCCAUCUGUCAAGUCCGUUGUUCUGGCGUACAGUUCUACAGUCUCUAGUAAAAUGGUGCGCCAAAUCCUCAGUCUCUGCCCCAAUAUUACUCAUCUGGACCUGACCCAGACUGAUGUUACAGAUUCUGCAUUUGACAGCUGGUCAUCUCUCGGAGCAUGUCUCUCUCUGGAGCACCUGGAUCUGUCUGGGUGUGAGAAGAUUACGGAUCAUACCCUGAAGAAACUGUCUGUUGGGCUGGGUGACCUUUCCUCUUCCACUUGCUUUGAAAAACGCUCAGACCGACGAGCCAAGCUUCUUAAAAGCUCCCCAAUACCCAUUACACUCAUGGAUGAGAGAAACCUACACCCAAGAGGGCGGAAGCGUCAGGCCAUCAUUUUCAAGCAAGGGACAGGCCGUUGGGGUGCUGCCGGCACCCCCACUCGAGUGUGGGUUCUGGACCCCUCAGACCUUGUUGAUAUUGAAGAUGCUGCAGAAUGGACCCGCCGCAGCGGGUUGUCUCUUCCUGAGGCAGAAAGCUUUGUAGGGACACAGCUUGUGGGAAGCUCAUGCUGUUGCAGGAGGAGUAGGAGGCGCGGGCACAGGACUGGCUCAAAUGUCUCCUUUUUGCAUCAGCAGUAUGCCAUGUCUGGGGAAAUGUUUUGUGGUCACUCCACCUGCUGCACUAACGACAUGGCCCUCAGGACUAUUAAUGGGCCUCAGUGUGAGUCAGGCACCACCAGAAGCAACACUGCAGAAUUUCGGACUAAAUGCUCCUCAUUUGGGGGGCUGCAGUGUCGGGAGCGCCAAAAAAGGACUGACCAGACAGAGGCAAAACGCUCCUUGAGACUUCUCAGUCUCUCUGGAUGUUAUCAAGUCACAGAUUUGGGCUUAAGGGCUCUUUCUCAGCGUGGAGGACUUCCUGCCCUGGAGCAUCUCAACUUGUCUGGCUGCCUGUUCAUCACUGAGGUGGGGCUGCAGGAGCUGGUGUCAGCCUGUCCUUCCCUCAAUGAUGAGCACUUCUAUUACUGCGACAACAUCAACGGUCCUCACGCAGACACGGCCAGUGGAUGUCAGAACCUGCAGUGUGGCUUCAGGGCCUGCUGUCGCUCUGGAGAGUGAUCCCACCAAGCACCGCUCUCUAUUGUCACGUCUCCUUUUAUUGCACUUUAUCCUGGAAAUACCAUUUGCUGUAUUUUGUGUCACUUAAAUGUUUCUGGAUGAAACUGUAAUUUUGCUCCUGUUACCAUUUCCAUCUGUAUUUAAUGGAAGUAAUCCUUUAGAAAAGGAAAAGAUUAAGGGGUAAUGAUGGAUUUGAAGUGUCUGCAAAUGUACAUUUGGGUUCCUUUUCUGAUUUUGAAGAAGUAAAAAUCUAAAGAAACAUGAACACCAAGUAUUUAGUGUUUUCUGUAGUUAAACCAUGUUACUUUUUCACUAUAACUAUACUGAUUUACAUAAGUCUGCUUCCCCCACUGAUGUGUUUAGCUGACUCAUUUAUAAUCAGCGUAGUGUAGACCUGACGGUAGCAUCAAAUUGAUAAAAUUUUACUUUAUCAUCUUUUACAAGCUUUUCAUUUAUUGGAUGGUGACAUGGAAAAUGAAAUAGAAUUGUAUGGACGCCUCCCUUUAGAUUAACGCUGACAGUUUUGGACAGCUGUCAUGUUAUUGACGGUUAAGGUUCAGAAUGAUCUACAUGCCGUAUGUAGUCUUUCUAUACACAGGAUGUACUGGCCCCCACAGGCAUGAUUGUUACCAUUCAGUCAUUACUGGCACAUCAACCAUUAAACUAAAUAUGGGAUGUACAGACAUAGGAAUUGGUACAUGAGUGGCAGUCUGAAACAUUUUGUCCAAUGUUGUAAUAUCUAAUAUUCAGUCACCUUAAAAAAUUUUGCUUUAAUUUUUUGUUAUGCACUCCAAUGUCGUGGUCAAUCGACCAAUGGUCAUAUGAGAGGGAUUACUUUGAUAACACCUAACAUGCUUUAGUCUGGCUAAAAGGGGAUUUAGAAGAAUUACCUUUUUAGAUUGGGAGAAACCUACUGAGUACCUGGUCAACUUUCAGUAGGUUGUACUGCAUCUUUAAUCAUUCUGCAGUAGGAUUAAUUUGCUUGUUCAAAAGUCUUGCAUGGGGAGUUCAAUUGGAAAUGUUCAAUUCAUAAGCUAAACAAUAAAAGUAUCUUGGGA